AUGUCAGGAUCUCGAUCUGCCAACAACGCACCCUCGUUCACGAUGGAACAAGCCGGUGCCGAAAUCCAACGACUCUCCGCUCUGGUACAGGCCUUACAGGCAGGAGGUACCCAGAGUGCGAAGUACGAAGUUCCACCAAUGUACGGAGGAAGCAAGGAAAGUCUCCGAGGAUUCCUCACUCAGUGUAGAGGAUAUCUCGUGAAGUAUAAACCCAACUUCCCAUACCUGGACGAUCAGGUACUCUUCGCAGCAACUCGGCUCGAAGGAGAAGCCCUCGCCUGGUUCGA